AGUCUCGAGUCGCAUUUUGAAGUUAACGCAAGACGUGAGAUUGGUGAAAACGAUUUGAGCCAACUAAAAUGCUGAAAAUGCGCAUUAAGGAUUACCUUUUGCUGUUGCUGCUGGCGCACAUUGCGUAUGCGCAACAUCAGGAUUAUACCACGCCCGUGCCCAUACUGAAGCAGAUCGACAAGCAUAAUGAUGAUGGUUCAUAUACUUACGGUUACGAGGCUGCCGACAAGAGUUUCAAAAUCGAAACAAAGUAUCCGAAUGGAGAGGUCUAUGGCAAAUAUGGCUAUGUGGAUGAUCAGGGCAAAGUGCGCGAGAUUGAGUACGGGGCGAGUAAGCGUGGCUUUGAGCCCGCUGGCAGUCACAUUAAUGUGCCGCCGCCGACACUAACGAACAGCAAUCCCUAUCCGCUGGGACCCAAUGAAAUAGACGAUGGUCAGUACCGUGAAGAUCCAGCUGUCUACUACAGGGAUCAGAAGUAUAAUCGCCCCAUUGCGGCAAGCAAGUUUAGCCUGAGCGAUUUUGGUCGCGGACAGCAGCAGCAACAGCCGCAAUAUGCUCCGGCUCCGGCUCCGGCACCAGCACGACCCUAUUACAAUCCCACACCGCAGUACUAUAAUCCUCCUGCACCACAGCCGCGUUACUAUCAGCCGCCAGCACCGCAGCCCUACUAUGCACCACAACAGCAGCAGCAGCAGCCAUAUUCUGGCCUGCCGGAGCAACAUCAUCCGGCGCUGCGCAAUCUGAACAUCUAUACGGGCUCCUACAGCAUCGACUAUACGGGCAGAAAGUAGACGUUGGACCCUGGUCAAUAUUGUGUUGGAUGGCAGGCCUUUCGCCCCCUCCCAAGAGAGAUAGCGACUGAUGUCCGUGGACAAUGUCAAUUUUGUUACUGCCAAAUAAAUCAGUCACUCCCGAUAACAAUCUAUAUAUAUAUAUAUAUCUAUAUGUCUGUAAUUAAGAGUAUGUG